AUGGCCAGUUUUUGUUUGUUAGUGUUUACUGUGGCGCUAGCCCUAGCGGCUCCGGACUGGACGGAUUGUCCGUCGCCGUGUCGGUGCACUUGGAGUAACGGCAAAAAGACGGCGUUAUGCAAAAAAGCGGGCUUUACCGGUAUACCUGGCACUUUGGACGAAGGCAUGCAAGUGCUCGAUCUCUCGGGUAAUUUUUUGUCAAAACUGCCCAAAGCCGCGUUCAGAUCCGUAGGCCUAUUAAAUCUACAGCGAGUGUAUCUUUCACGUGCCGGGUUAACGGAAAUACACCGUGACGCAUUCGUAGAUCUGAUCAUUUUAGUGGAAAUCGAUUUAUCUGAUAACGAAAUAUAUUCCCUGCACCCGGAAACAUUUCACGGCAACGAGAGACUGCGGAUACUUUACCUCAACGGUAAUCCUCUUAAAGAACUCGUUCGAGCUCAGUUCCCUACGUUACCACAUCUUAGAACUUUGGAGUUGGAAAAUUGCCAUUUAAAAGUUAUAAACAGAGAAACAUUUAUUCAUUUAACUGCUUUAGAGACUCUUAAUUUAAAAUAUAAUCUUCUUCAGAAUCUGUCAGAAACAACCUUCAUGAAUUUUGCUCAGUUAAAGACUUUAGCUUUAGAUGGAAAUCCGUGGCGAUGUGAUUGUGAUUUGCGCGGAUUUAGAGACUGGUUUCUAGCUAGUAAACUGCAUUCCGUUCCUCUAAUUUGCUCAGAACCGAAAUUAUUGGGUGGUAAACUAUGGGACGAAAUUCCAUCUGAAGAAUUCGCAUGUGUACCCCAAGUGUUUGCAUAUCCACAACAACAGGUGCAAGCAGAAGCAGGAGGAAAUGUAACUUUUGGAUGUCAUGUUCGAGGAGAUCCCGAACCUCAAGUUUUGUGGCUAUAUGAAGGUCACCCCAUUAAUCAUACGUGGUUAGUUGUAGAAGCAGAAGAAGGACUGUUAGAUAAGUGGGCCAAUAUCAGCAUUUAUAACGUUAGUGAUGCCGACGUCGGUCGGUAUACGUGUGUUGCCAAAAAUAUUCUAGACUCAACUUCCGUUAACGUCAGUUUAGUGCUUCCGGAAGUUGUCACUGCUACUACACUUAGUAAAUCAGACACAAAAAUGGUGUGGUGGAGUAUAGUGAUAGUGAGCAUUGCAGUGGGAUUUUCUGGUGUGAUAACAGUGAUAGCGGUUUGUUGUGUAAGGAACAGAGGCCAAAGAAGGAACAUUAAAGCCAGUGUCAGCUUCACAGACCAAGAAAAGAAGCUACUGGACGUUAGUAUUGCUACCACGACUGAUAGAGGAACCGGUAGUUGCGAAGCAUUAGGACCGGAACUAGAUAUAAUGGAACCUCCGGUACACAUUACAAUAGAGAGGGAGCCUCAUUUACCUCCGCUAGCAGUAUAUCCUCCUCCGCCAGAGUUUUCAACUAAUACGCUGCCAGCGGGGGCAUACGGGAACAUCUUUAUCUCAGUUUCAGUAAGUCGAGAUCCUUCAGUUGAUGUUUCUAGGUGUCCUGAUCUACUGGACUUACCCCACAGGCCUAAACCAGUCUACCAUGGCAUGGCAACGUUGCCGCGACGGCCGUACGCCAUUCCACAGUACGACAACAUGGGUCCCAGGGUGACUGCUGGCGGAAGUUCCACACUGUCUCUUCCUGAUGCAUCUGCUGGUGUAGCUGUUACCCCCGUAGUGACGGAAUUACCCCCUCCCCCGCCGCCCCCUUGCGUUCAACUCACCCCAGAGUUUGUCUCUCUCUAA